UAGGCACCAAAUUCUGCUGAUAUGAACUGCUCUGAUAGGUAUUCUUUACAUCAAUGGACACUGUAUUUCCAUAACAUUUUUUCAAAGUCCAAAUGCAGACUGAAGCUACUUUAAUAGGGAGCAGAGGUGGGGAUUAUGUGGCCUUUCAGAUGAUGUUGGAGUACAACUUCCAGCAUACAUUACCAUUGGCUAUGUUGAGACUGCUGAGAGUUGUGUGACCAGCAAUAUUUGUAGGACUGCACAGUUGCUGCCUGUGGUUUCAAGUGAGGCCACCGGAACUGCAAUAGAAGAUAACUGCACUAACCCAAUUCAAAUGAGGGAAAUAGUAAUGAAUCCAAGUUUUGAUGAGAGAUUCACUUUUAGGCCUGUAAUACCUGUUUUUCGCUAUGUGUAGUAGUAAUUGUGUUCCUUCAAGUCAUUACUGAUUUAUGGAAACCCUGGGUUUUCUUGGCAGGAUUUGUUCAGAUUGAGUUUGUCGUGGCCUUCCUCAGAGCUUGAGAUUGUGUCCAGUGUCACCUAAUGGGCUUCCAUGGCUAUGUAGGGACUUGAACCAUGUUAUCCAGAGUCAUAGUCCAAUACAAAUCAUUGCACUAUGUUGACUCAAGAUACGUGAUGUUGUGAGGGUGAUGUACAGACUUAAAUAUAUUUUAAACAUGCUCAGGAACACUCUUACUCUAAUGCAGAUAUUGUUGGAAUUCAGAGCUAGUUUUGGAGUUGAGUGCAGCAAGACUUUCUGACUCAUGAUGAACACCUUCAAGACAUGGUUGCAUGCGUAUUACCGGAAUUGUACUACUAAUGUAUGUCUAUAGUGCAAACGAGAUAUUUGAAAGUGCAUCCACCUGCAAAAGUCAUUGCAAUCUGUGCAACACCUUUGGCAGUUACUGAAACGACAGCAGCUUCUGCUGAUGUUUUCCUGAAGCCAGUUAUGAAGCUGCUUGGUGUUUCUAAUAGUAUUACUAUUUCACUCACAUAUUGGAUUGUGUAAGUAUUUUCUAAAGUACUAUCGCUGCCCUUUUCUGCUCUUGACCAGUGAGUUAGAGGAGAAAUGUCUUCUUCCUAAUUACAUGGCUUGCAGUGCAUAAAAUAAUCAAUUAAAUUGACUUUUCAAGAAAGCUGGGAAUGAACAUUUGUUGCUUAAGUGUCUGCCAUCUGGACACACUUACAAUUUUGCUUCCACAAGUACCUUUCUGAUUCCAUAUGAGACUGUUGAUUCUAAAGGCCCUUGAAUUUCCUCCUACACUUCUACAGUGAUUAGUGGUUUCAGUGAGUGUUAAAACCAGUGCUGGGUAGAUGGAGUAAUGAGGUUUUGCAGGUGUUUAUAGCUCAUACCAGGUCCUUCAAUAUGAAACCAGGAAAUAUGCAGCGGAGUGUAUGGUACCGUAUCCUUGAGUGGGAUAUGGUUCCCUUGGACACCAAAAUCAAGAGUUGUUCAAGUCCCAUUAUUUAAAGAGGUUGAUAAAUGUUUUCCCUUUUAUAAAAUGGCAAAAAUUAAGGGAUUUAUGCAAGGAGGGGGGAUAUUUUCAAACCAUGGAUGGUAGAAAGGAGUUGGGUAAGUACCACCCUAAGCAUGUUCACUUAAUGCCGUAAUAACUAAAACUUUUCCAGCCUGCUCUGUGGCAAAGGUAGCUUUUUCAUUAGGCAGAAUAGGAUGACUUCUUCAGGCAGCAAAUGCUGGGAGGAAGGCAGUAGCAACUACUGAGCUCUUCUUCUGGAACCUUCCAUCAUUUACUUACUGUUGAAUGACAGACCUCUGUACAUAUCCCAUGUCAGGCUCCCUAAACUAAUCUGAUACCUUCAGUGUGGAGAGGAUUGCUAUCCUAUGAUCAUAGCAAAAGUAAGAGCCAGUUGCUGGCCUACGCAGCUCUCUUAUGUGAACUGUGUAGAGAGGCAUCGUGUUAUCACUGACAGCAAAAAGCAAAAUGUCUGUACUGGCUAUUGCUUUUCAAUUCAGUAUGAAAUUCUGAGCAAGGCUUAUAUAUCCUUGUAUAUCAAGAUUCCUUUAUGAAAACUGUAAUUUCUUUCAAAGUUUAUCUGAGCUGCAUCCUGUGGAUACCUAGGAUUUGUAAUCUGCUGAGCAACUAAGUCCUUUUUGGCAGAUUCAACAAAAGGUAAAGCCUAAUAGAAUUCCAUAGGAUGCAGCAAUCAUAGUUAAAGUGGUAUAAAAGUGCUAUAAUUGUGCAGUGUGAAAGAGAUCUGUGUUUAAGUUGUGUUUCAGUUUCUAGAAAUGCAGUGCUUUGUUCUGUAAAAUAAAGGCUGAAAUACCUACUUCUCAGGACAACAAUUUUCAGAUUAUAGAUUAGACAUAAAAAAUCUAUGACACACCAGAAUUUGUUGAACUACAGAACUGCUCAGAUAGCAUGGCUUGUGCUCAGAGAUUAUGGGAGUGGUAAAGCAACAACCUCUAGAGGGGCAGUGUCCCCUUCCACCUGUAAAUAAUGGGUUGUUUCUAAACUGAAUAAGAAAGGUUCUCAGUUCAAUUUACACCAUUUCCAGUAGAGCUAUGAAAAUUCGAAACAUGCCUCAUACCCUGAAGGUACUAAACUGGUUUGACUCAGUAGAGGAAGUGUGGCUUCUUUCCUGUUCCCUAAUUAAAUCAUCUUCCUCUCUGUGGAUGUUUCCUGACAUCAAGAGCCCUUGGGAUUACGCAUUUGCCAUCCCUUCUGUUGUUUCUUUCUGUGUUUCACCUUUCACUCCCAUUGCCCCCUCUCUUGCCUCCCUCCCACAUUCUGGGUUGCGUCUCUAAGAUAAUUGAUCCACUUGGGAAUUUCCUAAUGACAAAAUGAUUCAUUAAGUUGAUAGUUAAAUAUUUCACUUCUGGGGAUCUCUGCUUCUAUUCUGACUCAGUUCUCAUGGGAAUGACAUUUUGUUUCAGAUGAAAAUGUUGUAGUUCAUCUAAUGGAGAGCUUUCACUCUUGCUAAAGACACUUGCAGUUGGGAAUCAUUUCAUGUCUUUGGAUGGAAGAGAAUUUUACAGUGAUGGAUUAAUGUCAGAACCCUGCUACUAGAGCCUGGAUGUGGCUCUGAGUUUCAGGGUCACUGACAUUGAUAAGACACCUGCGGCUCAGGACUCGGAGAAGAAACGGCUGCUGGACUUGGCGGGGAAUUUGCGCGGGGUUUUACUGAGCGGGAAGAGACUUUUCAAAUGAGGGGGAGGGUAUAUAAAGGAUGGUUGGCCGGAGCCUCCCAUUCUUGGCUUUUUUGAUGUUCAUGUUUCCUACAGUAAAAGUUUCUGGUGAUAUCACAGAGAGUCUCGUGUGUUCAUUCAGGAGCGGCUGUGGUGAGCUGACACUAAGCCAAGAAUACGGACACCAUCCCGCUGUAGCGGUGAGGUGUAACAUGCAAGUGGAGGAUGAAGAGCUCUUGGGCGCAGGAGGAGGAAGGUCAGAAAGGGCCACUCCCGAGCCGGACGCUGAGUUCCACCAGCUGGCGGCCCUGGCGUCAUCCACCGCUUAUGCCCAGCCAAAUGGGGUAACCCAGAGGCGUGGAGUGGUGCGGGGAGACAGCACCGGAGGAGAGGAAGGUUCACCUUCCCCAGGCCCACAGAGGAUGGUGUUUCUGGAGGAGAGGAUGUCGGCGAUGGAGACCACCCUGGCAGUGAUGUCGAGGGCGAUGGAGCGCCUGGCGUUUUUGGCGGAGCCAGAGAGAGGAAGGGAACUUCGGGCUGGCUCAAUGUGGGACGUGAGCGUGGGAAGCAGCCAGGGCUUUGCAGACCUCCCAGCACCGAAGGGAAGGGAAAUGCGAAAGGAGCCCGGCGCCCGGCCCAAGACCCAAACAAGCCUGACGCGGGUGGAGGAGAGUGACGACGAAGGGGAAAAACCUCCGAGAAUCCCAGCUACGCUCCCAGCUGAGACCCUGGUGCCCCUGGCGAAUGCCGGGCGUGGCACAGGGCCAAGAGAAGCAGCAGCGGGGCCCACUGGUCCGCAAGGGGGCUUGCGACGGGCGGAGAAUUGGGGAUUGCCACCACAGGGACCCCUACCAAGACGAGAGGAACUAAGGAUCGAGUUUGGGGGAGAGUCCUCUGAACUGGAUUUUUUCCUGACCACGGUGAGGGGCUAUAUGGAGGACAAUGCUCAUACUUUUAGAACGGAAUCCAGCCGGAUACGGGCCAUUGGUGCAGUGUUGAAGAGGGGAGCGGCCAGCUGGUACGUUCAGCUGCACGCGCGGCGCGACCCAUGUCUGGGGUCACUCCGACGCUUUAUGGGGGCCCUGGAGACCCGUUUCCGAGAUCCACUGGAGCAGAUCCGGGCGAGGGAGAAGUUGAAGACCGUCUCCCAGGGGCAGAGGUCGGUAUCUGAGUAUGCGGAGGAGUUCCAAUGCCUCGCCGAAAAGGUGCCGGAAUGGUCUGCAGUAACAAAGAUAGAACUCUUCAAAGAGGGUCUCAGGCGGGAGAUCCUCUCCUGGGCGGUGCAUCGUGAUGAGCCUGACACACUGCGCGGAUGGAUUCAGCUGGCGGGGCGCGUCGAGACAUCGCUGGCCCAGGCGAGGAGGCACCGAGGAGGGCUACAGCAGCGGCCGCAGAUGAAAGAGGGGAGCCGGAAGGAGGGAUCAACCCCAGCCGGGAGGAGAACGGAGCCGACAGGGAACGUGAGCGCCAGCAGGAGUGGCUGCUUUGUGUGCGGCCGGUUGGGCCACAGGGCUGCCGAGUGCUGGCAGAGAAAAGGGGAAGGCGGAGGCCCGCCCAAACCAAGAGCCGUGGCAGGGAAACGCGCCGAGGAAGAACCACCGAUGAGGCACCACUCGGGGGGGUUGGACGAAGGGGAGGAGGACGCCAUGUCAGAACCCUGCUACUAGAGCCUGGAUGUGGCUCUGAGUUUCAGGGUCACUGACAUUGAUAAGACACCUGCGGCUCAGGACUCGGAGAAGAAACGGCUGCUGGACUUGGCGGGGAAUUUGCGCGGGGUUUUACUGAGCGGGAAGAGACUUUUCAAAUGAGGGGGAGGGUAUAUAAAGGAUGGUUGGCCGGAGCCUCCCAUUCUUGGCUUUUUUGAUGUUCAUGUUUCCUACAGUAAAAGUUUCUGGUGAUAUCACAGAGAGUCUCGUGUGUUCAUUCAGGAGCGGCUGUGGUGAGCUGACAGAUUAAUAUUGCUACAGACCGUGGCUGAGAAACUUUUUUUCACCUAACAAGAAUCAAAGUAUGAAAUAUUUUUAAUACUUGUUCAUGCCUGCAAACAUGUUUAAAUCACUUUAAAUCUUUUAACUAUACAAUUAUCCAAUCUUAAAUGUAUUCAUUGCAAAGUAAUCUACAUGCACAG